AUGACACUCGAAUAUUUCAAACGUGAUCCUGAAAAAUGGGGCAUUAUAGGUUUUUUAAACGAGUGCCGUGAAGAACCAUUUGAACGUAAAAUAGAUAAGUACCUUAAACAACUCGAAACCAUCGUUGUAACUGGGAGAAAGAACGAGUCUAAAAAAGCAAAGAAACUUCUAGAUAAAUACAGAAUGGAACCAAAAUCUGAUUCAAAGAAAACGAGAAAAUGGAAUAAGGAGCGUUUGCGCAACAUACAUGUCAACAAAUCAACAAUUAAUAAUAAAUUCAACUACGGAAAUAUAAGUGCUGGACCCAUCAAUUGUAGCACUCAUGUAACUGAUGUAACUGAACAGUUCAAGGAAACCAGGUCAAAAAAAAGAGAAUACAAAGAGAUCGAUCAGUUAGAUUAUACCGAAUCGAAUGUCAUAAAUGCUGCUGAAGAAGA